GGCGUUGAUCCCAACCGCUGCGGCCCGAGGAAAGUAAGCCCCCUCAUUAGCGCUCUCGGUAAAGUUCACAAGGACGGCGGAGCCGUGUUUGAUCUGCUUGUGGAGUAUGGGGCGAAGUUGGACUCCGGGCUCUUCUUUAAUGCUCUUGUUUGGGGCACGAAUUCGGCAAUCAAGACUCAAUUCCUUCUUUCCAAGGGUCUCGAUCCGAAUGCCACGACCUCCGCAGAAUGGGGCACGCCUUUACAUGCCGCGGUCCUGUUCGAGCAUGAGCAGGCUAUCGAGGCUCUACUGGCUGCUGGCGCAGAUCCGAUGGCUCGAUCGGAGUGCGCGAAAUUUGGUAAUCGAAGCCCUACAGAGCUUGCCGAAUCGCGGUUACGGAGAUGUUCUGAAAGUUCUGGCAUGAAAGAUACAUGUCAGCGGAUACUCAAGCUCCUU